AUGUGUCGUUGUAGUUCACCGCUACCUUCUAGUGUCAUCAACAAAAUCAGCCUAUUUAGUCAAGUUGCAGUAGAACGUGUUAUUGUUUCCUUAGAUGUUAGUGAUUUAUAUGAAGUGCCUUUACGAUUAAAUGAUCAAAAUUUAUGCUCAAUACUACUGGAGCAUUUCCAAUUGAAUCCUAAGCUACACAUUGAAUAUCCAAUUCUUGGGAAAUGGAAAGCAUUGACUCGUCAAAUGGAAUUGGCAUCGGAAAUUGUCCAUAUAGCUAUAGUUGGAAAAUAUACCAAACUUAGUGACGCUUAUUUGUCAGUGUUGAAGGCUCUUCGUCAUGCUGCAAUUUAUACAAAUUUAAAACUGGAUCUUUCACUUGUCUGUGCUGAGGAUCUCGAAGAAAACACCCGUAUCGUAAGUCCAGAUGCAUUUCAUCAAGCUUGGCUCACUUUGAGUAACUCCAAUGCUGUUGUUGUUCCUGGAGGUUUUGGUCAACGAGGUGUUGAGGGGAAACUAGCUGCUAUACGCUUCUGUCGAGAAAGAGGUGUACCGUUUUUGGGUCUUUGUUUGGGUCUCCAAUGUGCUGUGAUUGAAUUUUCCAGAAACGUACUUGGUUGGAAAGACGCUAAUUCCACCGAAUUUGACCCAAAUACCACUCAUCCAGUGAUCAUUGAUAUGCCUGAACAUAAUUCCGGAAUUAUGGGUGGAACAAUGCGACUUGGUCGACGCCGUACAUUGUUGUAUCUAUCGGAAAUUUCUAAAUCAUACUUACAACGUACCUACAAAUGUUCAGAACUUAUAUGUGCUCACUUAGAUUCACAAUCAAAAGUUUUAUCUGAAUGUAGAGCAAAUGAUUCAUACACGUCAUCGAAAACCUUUAAUUCAGAUAGUAUAAUGCAUCGGUUAAUUAAUGCACCAUACUUUGAUGCGCGUCAUCGGCACCGGUAUGAAAUAAAUCCAAAAUAUGUCGAUCAACUGGAAGAAUCAGGUCUUAUUGUUGUUGGUCGAGAUGCAGAAGUUGGCAAUCGUAUGGAAAUCAUUGAGUUAUUACAACCUUUGCAUCAUCUUGAAAAUGAUUCGAAUUUAGAAAAUAAAUGUCCUACUCGACAUCCUUUCUUCGUAGCUACUCAGUUCCAUCCUGAAUAUACAAGUCGACCUACUCAUCCAUCAAUUUUCUUUGUUGGACUUGUAUUAGCUGCAUCUAAACGUUUAAGUGCUUAUGUUCACAAUCCUUUUCGACUUAGUCCUACUCAAUUUGUAUUGGAUGAAGAUGAUAAAAAAGAUACUGUGGAUCUAUUUAAAAUAAGUCCAUCUAAAAAACUGAAGGAUACAGUCAGUCACUGCAGUAGGGAAUCUACCAGUACCUGCAUUAUGGAUUCAAUCGAUAGCAAGGAGUUGACACUAGUUCCUCAUGUACUGUCGUCGCUGUGUUGUGAAAGUCCAGUUUUUAUUUAA